AUGAUCAAAUCUGCAUCCUACAUAGAUGCACAAAAGCUAGUAACUACGAUCGAAUAUACAAGUUUGAGAAAAUGCAUUUUGUGCACCCAAAGCUGGCAUGAUUAG